AUGAGUCUCUCUCAAAUUCCGUCAUCUAAUCACACUCUUUCGUUGGUUUGCCUUUGGAACUCUUUUCCUCCCCUCCAUUAUGAGUCUCUCAAAUUCCUCUCUCAAAUUCCGUCAUCUAAUCACGCUCUACUUUUCUUUUUUGUUGCCUUUGGAACUCUUUCCCUCCAUCAAAGCCAUUAUGAGUCUCUCAAAUUCCGUCAUCUAAUCACGCUCAACUUUCGUUGGUUGAUUUGGAACUCUUUUCCCUCCAUCAAAGCCAUUAUGAGUCUAAAUUCCGGUCAUCUAAUCACACUCUACUUUCGUUUGUUGCCUUUGGACUCUUUUCCCUCCAUCAAAGCCAUUAUGGUCUCUCAAAUUCAAUCAUCUAAUCACGCUCAACUUUCGUUGGUUGCCUUUGGAACUCUUUUCCCUCCAUCAAAGCCAUUGCGGAGUCUCCCUCAAAUUCCGUCAUUUCACGCUCUUUCCACUCUUUUCCUCCAUCAAAGCCAUUAUGAGUCUCUCAAAUUCCGUCAUCUAAUCACGCUCUACUUUCGUUGGUUGCCUUUGGAACCUUUUUUCCUCCAUCAAAGCCAUUAUGAGUCUCUCAAAUUCCUCUCUCAAAUUCCGUCAUCUAAUCACGCUCAACUUUCGUUGGUUGCCUUUGGAACUCUUUUCCUCCAUCAAAGCCAUAUGUCUCUCAAAUUCCGUCAUCUAAUCACGCUCUACUUUUCGUUGGUUGCCUUUGAAACUCUUUUUCCUCCAUCAAAGCCAUAUUAUGAGUCUCUCAAAUUCCGUCAUCUAAUCACGCUCUACUUUCGUUGGUUGCAUUUGAACUCUUUCCCCCUCCAUCAAAGCCAUUAUGAGUCUCUCAAAUUCGUCAUCUAA